CGGUUUUCCCGCACAAGGCUUUGAGACCUCACUGAGCCUUCUAGUUAGUCGACGGGAGCUUGAUAAAGCACCUGGGUGCCUGGUUUGAUAGAGAUAGGGAAUGGCUUUAAACUGAAAGAGGAAAGAUUGAGGUUGGAUGUUAGGAAGAAAUUGUUUACUGAGAGAGCAGUGAGGCCCUGGUACUGCUGCCCAGAGCGGCGUAGUGCCUCAUCUCUGGUGAUGCCCAAGCCCAGGCUGGAUGGAGUCCAUCCAGCAUCCGGCCCACAGCAGGGGUUGGGAUUGCGGGCUUUAAGGCCUCUUCCAACCCCAGCCAUCCUGUGAUUCUAUGAUUCAGAUCCUGACCAUCCCCUCAGGUCUCUGCAUUAAUUCAGCCGCUGGAAGCACAGCCCAACCUUCGGGUUGCCACGGGGUUGUGGCCACAGCUGAGAAAAAAAUCGACCUGUAGAGGAGGCACGCAGCAAUUCCCUGCCAUUAGUGUCAAAAGGAUUGGCAUCAAUCCUGUUACUGCUUAAUCUAGUUUUUAAUUUUCCAUACACAGUGGAUUUGCUGCUGCCAUCAGCCAUGCAGUAAAUCUGCAGUAACUCCACCGAAGCCAAUGUAAUCACUCAAGGAAGGACAUCUGGGCCUGCAGGACCAUGGGAACAGAUACCGGACACAGCAGUGUGAUGUGGCACAGAUAAAUGAGACUAAUUACAGCGAGCUUCGUUUGGAUCCUCCACCCAUCACUCACCACAGGCAGAACUGCACAGACCACACCAAUCGCUGAAUUUAAGACUGAGAAGUGCCCUGAUGUAAAUCUCUACCCAAAUGCUUUCUGUUUAACAAGGACCUGAACUAAACCCACAGCUCACUGCAACACCAGGGUCAGGGGUGCCUCAAUGUCACAGCAUAUCAAGGCAUCACUUCAGCCACGGACAGAUCCAGGACAACCCCAGGGGGAGGAAGAUGCUCCAUGCCACGUCCACACUGACUGCUGCUAUGAUCUGCCUCCGGGCUAGGCUCUGGCUCUGUCUGAGGACUCAGCCCUGCUCCAUUUGCAACCUCUCAGUACCUAAAGGGAGCCUAUAAGCAGAAGAGUCAACUCUUUGAAAGGGUAGAUAACAGCAGGACAAGGGGAAAUGGUUUUAAGCUGAGGGAGGGAAGGUUUAGGUUGGAUAUCAGGGGGAAGUUCUUUGCUGUGAGAGUGGCAAGGUGCUGGAACAGCUGCCCAGAGAGGCUGUGGAUGCCCCGUCCAUCCCUGGAGGUGUUCAAGGCCAGGUUGGAUGGGGCCCUGGGCAGCCUGGGCUGGUGUGAAAUGUGGGGGUUGGUGGCCCUGCGUGUGGCAAGGGGUUUGCAGAGGGCAGGAGUUCCAACCCUGGGCAUUCUCUCAUUCUGUGAUUCACUUGUCUGCUGUGCUUUGGAAGGAUGGUGUGCAUGUAGCAGCCUGACACGAUUGAACAUUAAAAUGGUAGAGGGUUCUGAGGGACACGGAAGGCUCAGCUCAGCCCAUCAGUGCAGAAUGGGCAAGGUGACCUCUGCUGGCUUCUGUUCCACCUGCUUCCAUCAAAUCAACGCGUUUUCCCUUUGCUCCUCCAGCACCGACGACGACACGGCGGUGUUGCAGCAGGGACUGCGAGUCGCCUUCCCUUCCAAAGCUGAAAUCCACGAAGCUCGGAUUCGGCUGCUGCAGCCCCUCGCCUCCGGCCCUUCACGCACGGCGCAGCCAUGGCCGCGCAGCGGAAGCGGGCGGUGCUGGGAGGGCCGCUGAGGGGAAGCCGGCCCCGCUCCGCCUCCGAGCCCGUAGCGCAGCAAAGAUGGUUUCUCCCCAAACCCGAUACUUAGUGUUCUUUCAGUACUGGGGCACUAAAUAUAGUGGGGUCAUGCAAACCUCAGCUAAGCAGUCAGGGGUUGGAGUCCAGAAUUAUUUGGAGAAGGCAGCACAGAACCUAAAACCCGUUGUUCCCAUCAAGUUCCACAUCUCCAGCCGGACCGACAGCGGUGUCCACGCGCUCUGCAACUCUGCUCACUUUGACAUCCAGAGGGCACCAGGGAAGCCAGCUUUUCAAGAGAGAAUGCUAGUUGGUUGUCUGAAUCACCACUUGAAGCCCGAGCCAAUCCGCAUCUUGAGUGCCUAUCGAGUGACCAACAGUUUCCAUGCACGUUUCUCUGCGCUGUCAAGAACCUACAUUUAUCGGCUGCUGAUGGGCUGCACCCACCAUUCUGAAAUACCAGUGUUUGAGAGGGACCUGUGCUGGGCUCCCACUGGAGGCUACCUCGACGUGCCUGCCAUGCAGGAUGCAGCACAGUUCCUGCUGGGAACACACGACUUCAGCACUUUCCGUUCACUGAACUCUGAAACCCCAUUUCGGUCUCCAGUCAAAACCAUCCUACAGGCAGACAUCCAACCCUCUUCUGGUUUCCUAUCCCACCACUAUGAAUACAGGGGACUGCAGUUUUGGGAGCUGAAGUUCAAGAGCAGAUCGUUUCUUUACCGACAGGUCCGAAGAAUGGUUGGGGCUCUAGUUGCAGUUGGCCAGGGAAAGUUGGCACCUCAUCAUAUAAAGGAGCUGCUGGAGAUGAAGGAUGCAAGGGCUCUUCCACCAUUUGCCAUGGCUCCAUCGUCCGGACUCUUCCUAAAAUCAGUGGAAUAUAAUGAAGCAGAUUUGCAAACAACAGCAGCCCCGGGAGAAUAGCAGCUCUGUCAGCCAUGUCUGAAAGGACUGUUGUUGUGGAUAUGGGAUGGAGGUUUGCAGAGCUCUUUAUGCAAUACGUGGUCUUGUCUCAAUAAACAUCACUGACUGUAGGCAUCUUCCCAUCAUUUAUUUGCUAAGGGGAAAUGAAGAAUGAUGCUGCUUUCAGAUUACUGCUUUUAUUUUCCUUUUUCCCUGAUGUGUUUUCUCACGUUUUUGUUUUGUUUCAAUCUUGCCUGCUUGCCCAAGCAACAGCACAUGCGUUGGGUAAUGCGUGUGGGUUGCUGUAUUAUUUUUUCUUUAAUCAUGAAUGACACCAGAAUCACUGGAAAGUGGAUGAAAGUUGUGACUUCUGAAGAAACAGCGCCCAAUUUAAACACUUUCCUGUAGUGGAAGCCACGUGCAGCUCAAAUGUCUGGUACCAUCAUUAUUAGUCUCUCCUUUGUCUGUGGGAGGAGAAGAAUUAGAGAGCUGAGAGUUCAUCGUAGCUCAUCUGGUGAGGGGAUGUCCUUUGUUACAUGGCAAUUCAAAGCAUGCAGGUAAUGAAGGAGGAGUAUUAAUAACCCUGAAGGAUUAAGGAGCUUCCAUGCACUGGGUGGGUGGUGAAGGUGCAGGUGGGACGCAGCACCUCCCAGACCUCUCUUAAGGCCCUCAGCAGGGAGACUGAGCUUAGUGGUUGGUGCUGCAGAGGACAGGCCAGCCCAUCUCUGAGUGCUCCCCAAUGUGAAGUGAUGCAUAUCCCCUCACUCUGCUUCCAGAGACCAACAUUUGACAGCAUGAGAAGGAGAGGGAGGAAACUUCUGCUUACUCUUACUUGCUUGGGGACCAAUUUCCAAAGACAGAACUUUGGAGGAGUUUUAACAGAAGAGAACUGAAGCCACUGUGGUGCCAGUAUGUGCAGUGUGGGUGAGCUCAGCUGUGGGUCUAUCAGCACAGCUUGUUCUGGUGUUCACAGCGUGCAGUGACCUUGUAGCUGUGAGUGGAGACCCUGAGAAGGCAGCUUUUGUGUGAGGCGAUGGCCUGAGGUCUGCAACACCACUUUCCACCUAACUUGACCAAGCACAGCUGCCUGAAACGUGCCAUCAGAUCUAACAUCACUGAUAAGCACAGCUUUAGUUCUUAACCACGUGAGAAGAAAUCACACUUCAAACUCAAGAACCUCAUGAGGUAAGGAAUG